AUGGCAGACGACUGGAAAGCCCAGAAGGAAAACAUCAAACGCCUCUACAUGGAUGAAGACCUGACAUGCAAACAGCUCGCGGUUCAAAUGAAAGAGUUAUACGGCUUUGAGAGGAAGUACGCAGACUCCGCCUCUGAGAUUUACGGUGCUCUCACGGAUCUGACUCGUCCUAGUGUAAAAGAGUAUCAGCGACACUUCAGUCUUUGGAACUUUCGCAAAAGUCUCAAGCAAAAAGAAUGGAGGUUCGUUGGGCGUCGCAUCGCGAAGCGAAAAGCCGAAGAGGGCAAGGAGAGCGGGUUGAUCGUCAACGGCUACCACUUUCCCCAGCGCAAGAUCAGAAAGGCACUUUCCCGAAACUUCGAGACUACUUAUGAGAAUUUCCAGCGACAGUCAGUCAUUAGACGGAGCCACACCCCCGAUGGAAUCAUGAUCACGACCCCUCCUCGGCAGAGAUCGCCAGCUGCUUGCGUCUAUCGCAGGAAUCUCACUACAAUCGAUGGACUCCCAUGCUUGAGCUUCAUGCAUGUCAUGCAACAAUAUGUUCCACUGUUCGAACAGCUUGCGAACUCACUGUUCUGCGCCGUCCAGGACCCGCUGGAAAUUUCCCUGGUCUUAAGGGGAUCGGGAACAUCAAAGUUCACCCAGAGCUCUGGGUUAGCGGCUCUAGUCACAGUGAGCUCAAGUAAUUCGUGCUUGAUGGAAACGUUCAAGAACGUUGCACCAGAACACCUAAAUAAUUUCAUGGCCGUUGUGGUUGAGCUUUCCAAUUUCCGGGGAAAGCACAUGGAGCUAGAAAAAAUGUUCGGCCGCACAGUCAUGGCACUCACGGCGAGUGUUCAAUUGCAGAACAGAAGAAGCCAAAUCCUGGAUCUCAUGGCAGAACAUGACCCAGUCGUCGAGUCUUUGGUGGAGGUUCUCUUCAAAAAUGCCCUUCAUGAGAACCAAGUUAGCUUAGUGCAACUUCUCCUCAAACAUACCCGGGUUGGACCCAACGAUUCUUUGGGAAACGAUACGCCUUUGGACAUAGCAGCUGAAAGCGGUUCCCUGGCCAUGACACUCACUCUGCUUGACGCUGGAGCUCAUCUUCAACAUCUAAAAUACGGAACGAAGUAUUGGAUCAAGCUUCUUUACAAGAAAUUCACAAGGUUGGAGUUCCAGUCAUUCCUACACAAGUAUCCUCUGGAUGAGCCGAGCGCCAUACCUGCUAUGCUUGAGAUAGGCGACGUCGAGCUCAUUGAUUUCUUCCUGGAAAGGGCGAUACAGAAGGAAUUUCUCCCGAACUCCUCUGUUGAAUUGGCUUUACAUUGGGCCAUUGAGCUCAAGAAAAUGCGCCUCGUCGACAGAAUCAUAUCAUCAGGGUUCGAAUUCACCCCCUGGGGGAUGUUCGCUGCUAUUUACGACAACGCUCUCCAUUUCGUCGUCAUGGCCUUAGAAAGAGGCAUGGAUGCCAAUUAUGUUGACGGAAGCGGCUAUUCCUUCUUGUAUACUGCAAUCAGCAAGGACAACAUCCCAAUCGCCACUGUGCUUCUUCAGUUCGGCGCAAACGUUGACAGGCCUUUACCGCGCACGGAUCACACGUAUCUCCUCAUUAAGGCUGUCUGCGAGGGGCUUGAAGACAUGGUCAGACUGCUCCUGAAGAAAGGUGCCGAUGUCCACGUACGGCACAGUAACGGCAUGUCGCCACUCGCUUACGCCAUUCUCAACGGCAAUUAUGGUAUCGCGACUUAUCUUGUGAACUGGGGAGCAGGUCUAGAAAGGCCAGCGAACCAAUUGAUUCCAACUCCCCUUCAAAUUGCAGCCUGGAAUGGCGAUCAGCAUAUGGUCGAACUGCUCCUCGAGAGAAAUGCCGAUGUGAAUGCCUGCCCUCCAAAUUUCGAGUGGAGAGAUAUCGGCCGGCAAACAGAACCCAUGAACGGACGAACCGCUUUGGUUAAUGCUAUUGGAGGUCAUUCUUCGGAGCCAUUGGCGCUUGUGAAGCUACUCAUUAGCGCCGGUGCAGACGUGAAUGAGAUGCAAGGAACCACAUCAUCAGCAUUAUACACAGCUCUUCAACUGAGAGAAGAAUCCGUGGUACGUUUUCUUCUUAAUGCCGGCGCGUCCCCCGCCGACUUUUGCGCUUUCAGCUUUGCGACCAAGACAGACAACCUUGAUCUUGUCCGUCGAGCGAUCAGCGCUGGCUUUGAUGUUAACGCGACGGGACAACACCCUGAGACUGCCCUGGAAUCCAUGUUCCAUGAUGGGAUCAUCCGAAAUCCAUCGGACAAGCAAAUCGACAUCAUCACUUGUCUAUUGGACCAUGGUGCCAAUGCGCACAACAUGAAAUUGUCCAUCGAGUUCCGGAGAAGUCAGCCAGCACUUUGUCGGCGGUUGAUUGAGCAUGGAGCGCGCAACACGGGUGCCAUCUACGAUUCGGCUGAUAGGUGUUUGGCUGAUUUAGAUGAUGGGUUCCAAAGGCGGGACGUUUCUGUCGUGCAAGAGUCUCUGAAGACCAUUUUCAUCUUGCAAUUUCUUCCCCAGCCCAUGUCCCGUCGCUGUUUUGGACAUGAAUUCCUCUUCCAAGCUGCAACAAAGGGCGAUUCCGAUAUGCUAUACGCUCUUAUCCUUGGUGGUGUCGACGCAAGUUCCGUAUGCGGGACUGCCGCCCUCGUGAGGGCUUGUAUCUGUAAAGAUUUAGCGGUCGAAGUGGAAGAAGUCGAAGCCGAAAGUUUCAGAGACGAAGACGUUAGUGGACAGGCAAGCUCCCGCAAGUCGACGGCUUACUGGGCACUGGAUGGCAGUCCCAAAACCAUCCCCUUAUUGCAUGAAGCUGGCAUCGACGUGUACGGAUCCACUUCAGAAGGACUUCCGAAAACAACCCUGCAAGAGGCAGCUGAUCGUGGUGAUGUUGAGAUGGUUGAGUGUCUCUUGCAAUUGCAGGCCGACGUCAAUGCGCUUCCAUACAAGUAUAGAGGCGUUACCGCACUCCAAGCUUCAGCAAUUAAAGGAGAUAUCGAAAUGGCUUGCGUUCUUCUAGGGGCGGGCGCUCACGUAAAUGCUGCUGGUGCAGAGUUCGAUGGUAGGACAGCGUUAGAAGGAGCUGCUGAAUGGGGCAGGCUUGACAUGGUCAAAUUACUUCUUCAGCAUGGGGCCGAUCUUACGAGCCGGACGUUCGGAGAUUUUCAGUUCAUGAAUGCUGUCAGAUAUGCUAGGAGUCGAGGUUUCAACGCUAUUGCGAGACUCAUCGAGUCGCAUCGGGAGCUUUAG